ACCGUUGACAAGAACACAGCAAAGAAAGAAAAAUAAAAGAAUUCCAUAGCCCAACCAUGAUAACUACUCACUACUGAAGCUAUACUGUCCACGUUACAGUGCCACAAAGAGUCGCCCUCCUCUAAACACAAUACGCGUCUCAGGACAACCUUCAGGAUCUUCGGUUAUAGCUGCUUCUUCCUAUUUUCAAUAUUCCAUACAUAUUCAAGGAACUGACUUUUGGGUCUUAUUUUUUACGCCAUAUCUUGUUUUAGAUAAAAGUCACCUGCUUUCUGCUUUGAAGGAAUUUGGUAUUUUGUCCACAUUUUUCAAUUAUGAUAUGACUGAUGCUAUUCCUUUCUAUAGCCUAAUAGCCACCACAUAAUUUUGUGGGAUUGUCAUGUAUCAUUUCAAGGUUUGAAAAAUUUCUAGCAAAGCAACAUUCCUUCAUUCCUUCCUCUCUCUCUUGGAAAUGGGUUUUUAGUUUUUAGGUUGUUCUUAUCUCUUGGGUUGUUCUUUGAUUUUGUUGUUGUGGCUGCUAAUUGAGGAUAUCUUGCUCUCUACAUAUUGAAUUAUAAUCCCUAGAGAGGUAGAAUUUUUUGCAAUAUCAAUAUCAGAAGAAGGAUCGGUUCUCUCAAUUUUGUUUCCUGCAAGUGAGCAGAUUCUAGGCCAUGGAGACUGACAUUAGUAAUAACCAAGUAUUUGGUGAAGAGAAGAAGAUGAGUAAAUCCCUGAAGAAACUUCUGCUCAUAGUGAAUGGUGCAAUGUUGGCUAUAGGCAAUUGUGGAGGCCCACUAAUACAGCGUCUCUACUUCUUGGAAGGCGGUAAGGCAGUCUGGAUAUCAAGCUUUCUUCAAACUGCUGGUUGGCCAUUGGUCUUAUUUCCCCUCAUUGUUUCAUACAUGUAUCGUCGAAGCAACAAGGGGUCAAGGACGAAGCUUAUCUAUAUAAGCCCUCGCCUCUUUCUAGCUUGUGCUGUUAUAGGUCUUCUUACUGGUUUGGAUGAUUUUCUUGCUGCAUAUGGCGUCUCUCUACUUCCUGUCUCUACUUCCGCCCUUAUAAUCGCCACCCAAUUGGGCUUUACUGCUGGAUUUGCUUAUAUUUUGGUCAAGCAAAAGUUCACACCUUUUACUAUUAAUGCAAUUUUUUUGCUGUCAAUUGGAGCUGUUGUUUUAGUUAUUCAUGCUAGUUCGGACCGCCCUGAUCAUGAAACCACUGAAAAAUACUUGUUGGGAUUUUUUAUGACACUUGGAGCUUCAGCGCUAUACGGGUUUGUGCUACCGUUGAUCGAGCUGACAUAUAAGAAAGCAAAGCAGACGAUCACCUAUACUCUAGUUAUGGAGAUGCAGAUUGUUAUAUCUUUCUUUGCUACAGGAUUCUGCGCUAUUGGGAUGCUUCUGCAUAAGGAUUUUGAGGCAAUUCCAAGAGAGGCAAGUGAGUUUGAGCUUGGCAGAGUAAAAUAUUAUGUGGUGAAUGUGUUUACUGCAGUCUUUUGGCAAUUAUUCUUCAUGGGAGCAGUUGGUGUCGUUUUCUGCGGUUCCUCAUUGCUUUCUGGUAUUAUAAUUGCUACUCUGCUUCCUGUGACAGAAAGUUUAGGUGUGAUGUUCUAUCACGAGAAAUUCCAUUUUGAAAAGGGAAUUUCUCUUGUUUUGUCUCUCUGGGGAUUCAUUUCUUACUUUUAUGGUGAACUCCAACAAAACAAGAAAAAGAGUCGGACUUCAGAAUUUGAAAUGCCUUAAAUAUGUAUUGGAAACAAGGAACAAGUAAUUGUAUAUAUUUGUUAACAGUGCAAGACUGAGAAAAUUAUUGUUAUUGCUGUGAGUUACUUUGAAGGUCUGCUAGUUCAACUUAAGUUUUAAUCUGCAUGGAAUUUAGAAGCUGGUGCACAAUAAGUAUUUCUUCUUUGCAUUUUUAUCUGAUAACUUGAUUAUGUGAAAUAUUGCCUGUACUUUAUUGUCAA